UAAAUAUAUUUAGACCACAGAUCACAGGGUACCUCUGUGAUCUGUGGUUUAGCUGCUCGUCAUUCAUCCUGUUUGUGUAGAUGUCAAAAGGAAGGAAACUGGUUGGAAACUUUUCAAUUACGAUUUCCUAUUGUUUCACCUAAGUGGCUGGACUUGAAUAAAAUGGCAUCAGGUCUUGAGUUGUUUGUUAAUUCUGUGCGGAAUUUGUCCUCUCACGGUAGCGUGAGGGAAUUGAAGGAACUGUAUGAUGUUGUGGUUGAGGCCAGAGACGUUCUGGCAAAGAAUUCGCAACAUUUAGACAAUGUCCUAGAAACUCUGGACGUGCAUCAGCAUUGUUUAGGUGUCAUGGUAGUGUUGACUGCUAAAUUCGAUAGUGCCGGGGCUCCAGUGCCUGACAAUAGAUUUAUAGAAGCUCAAGAGUUCAUUUUCAACUUUAAUGUAGAACAAUUACGCCUCGCCCCUGAUUUGUUUGCAGAGUUCAGCCACUCAUUCACAAACUACCUACUGGCACAGAAAACACCCAUCAAGGGCAUCAGCUUGUUGAAGCAUGCGAUUAUUAGACUGAAAUACUUUGCAGAAAAUCAAUUAACAUCGAUCCAUGCAGAUUUGUGCCAACUCUGCUUGGUCGCUAAGUGCUUCAAGCCAGCCUUACAAAUCUUGGAUGCAGAUAUUAUCAGUAUAUGCCAAGAAAUUCACAAUCCUCCCCCAAAUGGUCCGCUGUUUGAUUCCAAAUACUUUUUGCUCUAUUACUACUAUGGAGGCAAUAUCUAUUUGGCUCUCAAAAACCUAGACAGAGCCUUAUAUUUCUUCGAGGUGGCUCUAACCACCCCGGCUCACGCGGUAUCUCAUAUAAUGCUAGAUGCAUUCAAAAAGUUCAUUCUUGUCUCUUUACUGCUGCAUGGAAAAAUGCAACCAAUUCCCAAAAGCUCCUCGAAAAUGGUCAUGCGGUUCAUUAAACCAUUAUCUCAACCAUAUACCGAUUUAGCUGCUGCUUUUGUAAUCAAUAGUAUAGCUGAAGUGAAUAAUAUCAUUACAAAACAUUCUGAGGUGUUCAUAAGAGAUCAAAAUAUGGGACUAGUCAAGCAAGUGUCUUCUGUUCUUUACAAAAAGAACAUCCAAAGGCUCACGAAAACCUUUCUCACGUUAAGUUUAACAGAUGUUGCUAGUAGAGUUGGUCUGCCAGGACCUGAUGAUGCAGAAAGGCACGUAUUAAGCAUGAUUGAAAAUGGCCAGAUUUAUGCGACGAUAAACCAAAAAGACGGUAUGGUAGUGUUUAGUGAUGAACCUGAUAAAUACAGCGGACCGGGCGUGCUAAAGACAUUGGAAGAUGAGCUUGCCAUUUGUAUGGACUUCAAUGGCCGAAUUCUGAACAUGGACGAAGAACUACAGGUUAAUCCACAAUAUGUUAAAAAGUCAGCAGGUAUACUAGAUGAGGACCAACCAGCCAAAAGCAGUUAUGCUAUGUAGGAUUUUAUGUUGUAAAUAGCUUGAAGUAUUUUGAUUUUUUGCCCUUAACUGAUCUUACCUUAAAACCCCUAAUUCCUAUCACUCAAACCUAAUAGUCUGGAUCUUUAAGAGCGUUCGUUAGACCCUGAUAUUGAUCGAGUUAAUUUAAAUAUAAGUAUUUUGCUAUUGUA